CACCCUGAGAAAUGUUUUGCAUUCAGGUUAUCGGAGCGUUUUUUCUUUUCUUUCCUCUGAGAAAGAACGCUCCCCGCUCUAUCGCAAAUCAAAAAAACCUGCAUUCGUACCCCGGUAGAGACCGCUAACUCUUGCGUACCCGUGACCUUUCUCUCUUCUCACUUGUUUGAUGUUUUAUUUGCACACAGCAUCCGCAAACAAUGUGCUGAGACCAUGUCGGCAUCUUCAGCGUUAUGUAUGUCACGCUAUUGGAAUGCCAGCGCUCUCUUUCUACGAGUAGACUACCGGUAGGAUCGGUCCGGCAGGGUUUGCAGUUGAGUUGCUGUCGAGCAUUACGCCAAAAGAAAUCCCUCUUUGCCCUCUUUGCCCUCUUUGGAAUCGCACGAUAUGAUAAUUAUGAUAGUUGUUUUUUCUCCCCCAGUCCUAACCUACGCCCCCCAUCCCCCAAAGUACCGCGUUGCGGAGGGCAUACCCUGCUUUCUCCCGCUCGUCUUUUGGCCUUCAGGGUUGUGGGGAGUUGUUCUUUCUGCCUUUAAAGGGAGGCCCUUCCCCCCCCCCCCUCUGCGAAGAGCAGCCAGACGUGACGCCUCUAGGUGAAGACUCUCGAGAAAGCAAACCCGUCGAGACUUGCGAAUCCUUUAUCUACCCCUUCACUUCCGCCCAACCCUACAAACCACUCCCUCCACAUACCCCACUUCACAGAAAAAACAAACAAAAGCCUUCCAAACUUCACAACCUCAGAUCAGUUAAACUUCAACAUGUCCAACCUUGCCCCUGAGCCAGAAUUUCAGCAAGCUUAUAAUGAGCUCGUUCACUCUCUUGAGGGAUCCAAGCUCUUUCUGACCUCUCCGGAUCUCAAGGCUGCUUUGCCUGUCGUCUCCGUCCCCGAGCGUGUUAUCCAGUUCCGUGUCACUUGGGAGGAUGACCAAGGCAAUUUCCAAGUCAACCGUGGGUAUAGGGUUCAAUUCAACUCUGCUCUCGGUCCCUACAAGGGUGGUUUGAGGUUCCACCCCUCCGUCAAUCUAUCCAUCCUCAAAUUCUUGGGUUUUGAGCAAAUCUUCAAGAAUGCGUUGACUGGACUCAACAUGGGUGGUGGUAAGGGAGGGUCCGACUUCGAUCCCAAGGGAAAGUCUGACAACGAGAUCCGCCGCUUCUGCUACGCUUUUAUGCGUGAGCUCUCCAAGCACAUUGGUCAAUUCACUGAUGUUCCGGCUGGUGAUAUCGGUGUUGGCGGUCGCGAGGUCGGAUACCUCUUUGGUGCCUACAAGUCCUACAGGAACCAGUUUGAGGGUGUCUUGACUGGGAAGGGAAUCACUUGGGGUGGUUCUUUGAUCCGCCCAGAGGCUACUGGUUAUGGUCUUGUCUACUAUGUUGCUCAUAUGAUUUCUUAUAGCUCCGGUGGAAAGGAAACCUUCGCUGGAAAGCGUGUUGCUAUUUCUGGUUCUGGAAACGUUGCCCAAUACGCUGCCCUUAAGGUCCUCGAGCUUGGAGGAAGGGUCAUCUCACUUUCUGACUCCAAGGGUGCUUUGGUUGCCAUUGGGGAGGAGGGUUUCAACGAGACCGACAUUGAGCUCAUUGCCCAGUUGAAGCUCGAUAGAAAGUACCUCACCGAGCUCCACGCCGCUGAAGAUUCCUUCCAUACCUUCCUGGCGAGAGACCCUGUCUCCGAGCAGGAAGCUAGAGCCUUGAUCGGCAAGGGAUGCAAGUUCUUGGCUGAGGGAUCCAACAUGGGAUCUACCCAGGAGGCUAUCAACGUUUACGAGGAUGAUCGUAGAUGUCGCAAGGCCGAUGGUCUUUGGUAUGGCCCUGCUAAGGCUGCCAACUGUGGUGGUGUUGCUGUCUCUGGUCUUGAGAUGGCUCAGAACUCCCAACGUGUCUCCUGGACCUCUGAGCAGGUCGACAGGGAGCUUGCUGGAAUUAUGGAGAGAUGCUUCUGGAAUUGCUUGAACACCGCCAAGGAGUACUAUGACAUUGCCGAUGGCGAGCUUCCUUCUCUUGUUGCUGGUGCCAACAUUGCUGGUUAUGUCAAGGUUGUCAACGCUAUGAAAGCACAGGGAGAUUGGUGGUAAAACAUUUCCUUAACCUCGUUCCUAGUUUUUCCAUAGUUUAGUUUAGUUGAUUGGGUGUUGGAUCUACACUUUUUCCCCCUUCCUUUUUCUAUUCUCCUUGUGUCAUAUUCAGCUGGUCAAUUUUCUGGGAGGUGUUGUGCGGUUUUUAUGAUUCGAUGAAUUCAUUUUUCAGAGAAUAAAUUACGCAGGGCUUUUUCUCUCGA